GUGUAUGCGGUGCGAGGUUACAGUCACUCGUGGAAUCCCGAGUCGUGUCAGUGUUCCGGCGGGCGCGAUCGCGGGCGAAUGUCUCGUGAGGUUCGGUUCGGUUUGGUCAAGCGAACUUACCACGUCAGAUCGGAAGUGAAAAGGUAGACUUAAGAGAGCCCGCAGCGUUUGAUAAGUGUAGAGAGGGACGAGGUAACCGUGUCCGGUCGAGGGAGAAAGGAAAACGCGUACGUGCUUACGCGCCCUUGGAAUUUGAUCUUCGAGGAGUUGGUUGCGAGUGAGAACGUUCACGUAAGGUCACGUACAUUCCUUGGAUUUUCGUGACUGGACGCUUGCCUAUAAACUAGUUGCUAUCGAAUACGUACGUUUCGUGCGAAGACUUCCUCAGCCAAGGUUAACAGAGUCACACACCCGGUACCGUACCUGACGCUUUCAUUACCGAAUUCCGUGAGCGCAUCGCAUGUAUCUUUACAUCGCAUUGCGACUCUCAGUGUAUUCUCGUCGACGAAUUCGACGUUAAUCGUAUGAAAGUCUGACGACUGAUACUGAUCCAGUCGCUAAUCUAUAAUCAGUUCACUUGCCACGUAUCUAGGCAAAAGUUAAACAGUUUACGAGACACGUGUCGACGGUUUCCUCACUGCCAAAGCUUCCGACGUUGACGACACUUUAGGAUCAGCUGAACUGCGAGGUUAUCCGUCCAGAUAGAAACGCUCCCAAGCGACAAAGGAGAUUCUUUGUCAUUGCGCGGAGUGCGUGGAAAUGGCCGAGAGCUGGUGAAAAAGCGUGAAGAAGACUCGACCGUGCUUUAUCGUUUCGUAUGUGUGUGUCCGAUCAUUCGAUAAGCCCGUCCGGUUGUGUUUUGCGAAGUGAAAACGCGACGCGAAUCAUAAUUCGCGGUUAGACUUGAGUGAUUAGAUACGAGUCUGGUGCGUUUACGUUAGGUUAAGGCUUCCCGUCCUUUGAUCGUACAGUGAAGAAGACCGCAGUAAGAAAAAGCGAAAUAGAGGUUUGUCGUGAAAAACUUUGGACGACGAUAAAGAAUCUUAAAUACGACGAUAAUCGGCUUGGCUGCUCGACUCGUCGCAGUCGCCAAAAACAGCUGUCGUGAAUCUCGAGUCGAUGUGAUCGAGCCAGCAGUGGCGGUGGUGAAAAGCUGUACUUCUUAAAAUCGAGCACUUUGGGCACUCGUCGCGGUGCUCGAUUUACCAACGACAGGUCGCCCGCAACUCCGCCAAUACGAGCGCAACAUCCGCAACUCCGGGCGGCUUGUUGGAGUGCGGCAAGUGCCUGGACGAGAUGCGACUGAUGCAGAGGCUGGCGAUCAGCGGACUCGUGUCCGUGAUACUGAUCGUCCUGUUGACGGGCACGUUCGUCACCCGCCGCGAUCUGACGAACGUCGUCGAGCGGGGCGUCGCGCCGGAGGAGCGCAACGAACUGCAGCAGCAAUUGAACCCGGGCUGGGUUCAGAGCAACGUGAUCCCCGGCCAAGACCAGGAGCCGAAAUCCGAAGACAAGGACCGGCUCAGGGUGGAUUUCAAGCACAGAGAGUCGGAACCGUCGGCCGUCGGGCCGCCGCCGGCCCCUGUGCCCGGCCCUUAUGUCAUCAAACCGCCUAAUCCACCCUUGGACGACGUGACUAAUCAGCGCCGCGAGAAGAUCAAAGAGAUGAUGAAACAUGGCUGGGACAACUAUGUGAGGUACGCCUGGGGUAAAAACGAGCUGAGACCAAUCUCUAAGAGAGGUCACAGCGCCAGCAUCUUCGGCGCUUCGAAUAUGGGCGCGACUAUCGUCGAUGGACUCGACACUCUGUACAUCAUGGGUCUCCACGACGAAUUCAAGCAGGGACGCGACUGGAUAGCCGAGAAUCUCGACUUCGAUAUCAAUUCUGAAAUAUCGCUGUUCGAGACGAAUAUUCGUUUCAUGGGAAGUCUGUUGGCCUGUUACUCCCUCACCGGAGACGUGAUGUUCCGGGAUAAGGCCGCCGAGCUUGGCGAACGGAUGUUGCCAGCUUUCCAGACGGAAACCGGAAUUCCUCAUUCCCUCAUCAAUCUCCAUACCGGGGCGAGCAAGAAUUACGGCUGGGCGAGCACUGGUUGCAGCAUCCUGUCCGAAAUUGGCACGAUGCACCUCGAGUUCACCUACCUGAGCGACAUCACCGGGAAUCCGGUUUUCAAGAGCAAGGUGGAGAACGUGAGGAAGGUAUUGAAGAACAUGGACAAACCGAAGGGUCUCUACCCGAACUACAUCCACCCGAAGACUGGGAAAUGGGGACAGCAUCACAUGUCGCUGGGAGGUCUCGGGGACAGCUUCUACGAGUAUCUGCUGAAGGCGUGGAUCCAGUCGGGAAAGGAGGACGUCGAGGCCCGACAAAUGUACGAGGACGCGAUCGCCGCGAUAGAUCAGCACAUGAUCAAAACGUCGCCGGGCAAGCUGCUGUACGUGUCGGAUCUGAAAUACGACAAGCUCGAGCACAAAAUGGGUCACCUGGCUUGUUUCGCUGGUGGUAUGUUUGCGUUAGGCGCAAGAACCCUACAGAACGACUUCUCCGAUAGGUAUAUGACGGUAGCCGAGGGUCUGACAAACACCUGCCACGAGUCUUACGAUAGGAGCUAUACAAAACUAGGACCGGAAGCUUUCCAUUUCAUCGAAGGCAACGAAGCGAAGAGUUUGAAGAACGGCGAGAAGUACUACAUCCUUCGGCCAGAGACCUUCGAGUCGUACUUCGUAAUGUGGCGGCUGACGAAGGACCCGAAAUACCGCGAAUGGGGCUGGGAGGCCGUACAAGCGUUAGAGAAAUACUGCCGUGUUCCCGGAGGAUUCACGGGACUGCACAACGUUUACAUGGUCGACCCGCCGCAGGACGACGUCCAGCAGAGCUACUUCUUCGCAGAAACUCUCAAGUACCUUUACCUGCUGUUCAGCGACGACGAUCUCAUAAAUCUGGACGAAUGGGUAUUCAACUCCGAGGCUCACGUGCUUCCCAUCAGGGGCAACCCUUUGUAUCGGCCAGCACCCUCCUCAUAAUUUGUGGAGAGCCUCAAACCUUCAAGGAAACGACGUAUCGCGAUCGUUCCGGCACCGGAAGCCGCGGUGCACGGAGCCGAUAGAAGACGACGACGCGUGAACCGUAAACUGGGCCGGUUCAAAAAGGCGACGAGGAAAAAAAUCGACAGUGCACGAUACUAAAAAGUGAACGGUCCAUAAGUCGGGAGAAAUGAAACGGGAGAACGCGUUGUUGUCUGUGAAGUAAAUGAACAAUGAGCGAAUAGCAAAACGGGAGGAGAGGCAUCGCACGUGCGCGGCAGUGGUACCUCGGGAAUUACGAAGAGCCGCGCCGGCGAGCCGAUUAAUACAAUUAAAAAUAAUUAUUUUAGGUAAAACGAAAUAUUAUAGGACGGAGGCGGACCGCGAAGACGAGAUAAUGAACAUUAUUUAAACGAAGAAUUAUAUACACAGACACACAGGCAGGCAUACACACACACAGUACGUUUGUAAAUAGCGAAACGAGAGUACGUGAGAAAUACAUAAAAUAGAAAGAGAGAGCGAGAAUGAGAGUGAGAGGGACGGGAGAGAAAGUAAUUGUACGAAUGAAACAAGAGAACCUUAAAUAGAGAGAGCCAGAGAGAGUGGAGGUAGUAAAGUAAAUGAUUUAAUUGUUUGCCUGAGAGUGCUUCGCCCCUUUCUUCCUUUUUUCACCAAAACCGAAAGAGAAUUAUUACAGUGUUUCCCUCCUUCCCUUCACUUUUCCUAAGUGACACUUGAGGAAAUAAAUGAAAUUAUCUAUACCGCGCAUUGGUAUAUCCCAUGAACGAUGCAAAUAUUUUAACGAAUUAGAGAGAUGCAAAACCAAAUGCAACAAAUUUAGCAUUAAGCGCAUAUUGAAUGGAGAUUCUAUUGGGACGAUACGAUAAUUAGUUCGGGGAAACUGUCGAAUAAUAUCUUGCGAAGAGAAUCAGUCCUCCAGGAAGAUCGUUCAAUCGAUCUACCAACACCUAAACGAAACCGACCUUCUUCACGGAUUUUCCUAUCUCCUUUUCUACUUUUUAAUAAACGAACAUACGCCUCGAUCAUUCCGGUGGUAGAAAGGCCAUUCUACAAAUCCUGAUCGUUUUUCUGUUGAUACUUAUUUUGUUCUAACAAUCGGGCAUGAGCGUUUCGUAUUGGUAUUCGGUUUUAAACUACUUUCGAUACGCGAAGGGUAGCCUCUUCUUUUGAAUAAAAUAAGAACACCAAACGUGAUAUUGGUUAUUGCAUUGAAAGCGAUGAACCCAUUCGUGGCUGGCGAUGCUCUGUUACUGGUCGACUAUCGCGCCUGCGACCGGGCUUCGGAAAUCCUCUUAGAAAUACGAGUGGCGAAGUUUGCGGAUACGGAUACGGCAACGCAUAAAUGGGUUACGUUUAGAAGUUUCUUUGUUUCUGUGUUUGCUCGUUCGGUUGAAUUUUAAAUCGCAUGUCGCGCGAUAAAGUUUCGCUCAAGUUUCCGCACGAUGCUUCCCGACGGAAUUCGUAAUCCUGGGGGAUUGCACAGGAUGAGGUUCCAAACGCGAUACGAGAUGAUUAAAUCACGGGAUUCAUUUUUCAACGCGUUUAAGAGCUUUCAAAAGUCAAUUAUUCAUCGACUGACUGUACAACCAACAAUGAUACUAGAAACUCAUAGGGGCUGCCCUUCGAUUAACAAAAUCAACGAUCGUGCAAUUACUGCGGAUGUUUAUGUGAUAUUUAAAAACUUCCUGCGUAAAAAUACAAUUGUUUCAUGCGAUUAAUGUUCUAUAAUUAUUUUUACGUCCCGUGCUGUGAGUUCGAUAAACUGUGUUUAACGGUGUCACUGCUGAAUCUCGAUAUGAAGAAACGGAUCGUUAGCGGUAACUCAGAGAUUGCAUAAUCAUUCGCAGUGGAAAUAAAUCGCGUUAGACAGCGUCUUCUGUAUCAAGUGCUCGCGGAAAGGCUUUCAGACGUCCGGAGUUCUGUCGGAAGUUCCACGGCACUGAGCUCAUGAUCAGGCGAGUCUUUCUUAUUUCCUUACGUAUGCGUCGAAUUAAGUUGACUCUUUGACAGUUCAGACAAAAAUCUCCUAUGUUUCAUGUACAACAAAUUUAGGAUACCUGUUACCCGCGAAUGAAUAAUGUUCUUGUAUUGCUGAGAUAAAAUUAUAUAUAAAAUUAUAUGUAUACUGGGCUGCGUAUUGUACAUACUGUACUUGAUACUAUUCUCGUACUGUACAUAAUACAAUUGCUAACAUUAUUUGCAUACGAAAUUGCUGAAGAGAUGAAAAAGAGUUACAGUCACGAAAAUAUUUUUUAAACUGUUCUCGUCGUUCUAUUCUACUGUCAAAGGGUUGAGGAGAUGCGUGAUAGUUUAGAAGCUAAACCUAGGGUGUAAAUAGAUAUCAAGCAAAGCGAAACGAGGACAAAAGAAAGUCAUAUUCUGUACUGAGGAUACGAGGCGUACAAUCAGAGUUCUAAUAGCGUUUAACUGGUGUACAGGCUUUGUAACGCUGACGGGGAGAAUGCGACCGUGUAAACGUUGAGAAUUCAAGCGAGAGGUGGUUGUAAAAUUCGUAUGAUGGGGUGUGUUUUACGUCAGGCAAAUGAUCGACGUUGCGUUCUCGCGUGAAACGGCUGCGUCAGAUCGCGAGGAACGAGUUGCGAACGAUAGUAGAAUUGGAAGUUGUAGAAAAGUCUCUUCAGUUGAUUCCUCCAGUUCUCGUGUAUUCACGUCAGACCAAGCGCGUGAUUACAUUUAUAAAUCGCGUACACUUACAUAUGUAUUAUACUUUCACAUAAGUUAUAAAAACGAUGUACACAAAUCUAAUAUAAAUAAAAUCGACAAUAUAAAGUACAUUUAUCAUGAAAUACAUACUAAACAUUUUGCACUUGGUCUGACAUACAUUAAAGAAUACAUAGGGACUAGAAUGAUUUUAUUAAUGUGUGCGUAAGAAUUGGUUCGGAUUUCGCAUUGAGAUGAAACGAAGCACGCUUCAACAUUGAUUCCUGGUGUGAGGCAGGUUUUGUCCCAUUCUGCACCAAUUUCCAAACGUUUCUUCAGACUCUGAACGAAUUUGGGAAUUCCAAUCACUGCCUAAAUCAUUUUGCGUUUACAUCUUGUUACAUAAUAAUGUUCGCCCACUUCUAUCAGGAAUCACACGCAAAUUUACCAAAAAUUUGUUAGUACGAGAGAGAUACAUUGUAAGGAGAUGGUUACCGUUUUUCGCAGAACGGCGCAGCAGUGAAACUGGGAAAACACUUUCCCAUGUCCGGUUAUGAAACAAUCAGGGAAUGAUUAGGACGGCCAGAGAGUUACUUAAUAUACAUUGUAAUAAUUGUACCGCUUGCCUUUUCGUUCGCGGAUGGCUACCCUAAAAGAUCGGAACGAAAAUCAACUGUUUAUUACUGAUCAUGCUUCUUACGCGACACGGUGACUCGUAGGCCGUUGUCGUCGUAAAACGGGGACGAUAGAGGAGGAGGAUAGAUCGGAGAGGAAAUAUAUAAACGGAUAAUUAGUCUAUGCAUAUAUUUGUGAAUAGAUAUUUAAUAAUUUAUUGUUAACUAGAGUAUUUUAUUUGAAAGAUAUUUCUCACUAAGAAAAAAAAACGGGGUUUUGGGUACCAAUAAAUAUCGUUUCUUAUGUCAAAACUGGGACGAGAUCGUCUACGAGAGGUGAACAGUGUAAAACAAAUGGAAUUCGUUGGGCGACGGUUUGUCAAAGAAUCGCGAGAGAGUCCUUUAGCUUUACUUGAAGAAUUUUUGUAAACAGACCGACGACGGGCACGCCGAUUAAAAAGAAACAGUGUGCAAAGGGAAACAGAAAAAGAAUUAUAUAUAUUAUAUAUAUAUUUAUCGUUGAUCAAAGAUGAACAGAUGAAUGAUAAAUAGAAUACGAUUGAUAAAAGAAUCGAGAGUGCGUCGCGCGCUUAUAAUUAAAACGAACAAAAAUAAUGAAACUUGUAAAUAAAACACGAUUUAGUGAUAUAACGGGGGUUUUACUUUUAACAGCUUUAUGUGAUUAUUACUUUGUCAUGAAUCAGUGAAAUAAAUAAAUGAUGAUAAUACUUUAA